AUGUCUCUAAAAUACCUAUUAAUCGCAUCUGCAUUGCUGAUCGGCGUGUGCCUUGGGGAUGUGUCGGAAAUAAGCGACCAGAAAAUCGAUCUGCCAUUCAAUGACUUAUUGCCGCCACUGCUGGAUGAAUCAACCACAAGCUCAACCACAAGCACCAGCACCACAACAUCGACCACAACUACAGUGGCACCUCCGCCGCCAACUGCUGCCAUAACGAAACCCACAAAGAAAUCGUAUUACCAGAAGCCCGCUCCACUCAACAAGGAGGAUAAAUCGAAGCCCAGCUCUGGCAAGCAGGCCAUACAGCUGCUCUCGCUGGACCUGCUGCCACCCUUCGAGGAUGAGGCCGAGCCGGAGGAAUCAAAGCCCCAAGAAGUAGCCAAAGUAGUGGCCGUAAGUGAGCCAAAACCUGUGGCCAAACUGGCUCCCGCUUUUCCACGGGCAGUACCGAGGCCCCAGCAUGUGGCCAAAGUCGCCCCUCAACAGGCAGCUCUGAAGCCACAGUAUGCACGCAUUGCCUCCCCGGCGAUACAUCCCACACAGACCUCCAUUGGGGGUGGUGGCGGCUAUACCUCUCGAUUCUCAAACUACUUCCUAACGAGCACCCCGCGACCACGACGCGGACCCCUGCCCACACUGACGCCCUUUCCGCGCCACAUCAAGAAGUAGAAAUCAAUUUAAUUAAUUUAGAUAAGAACUUAAUCAAAAGCAAAGUCAACAACAAACAUAAAAUUAAUUAAACACAACACACAAACUGAGCGAAAAACAAAGUGAAUGAGUGGAAAAUAUUCUGUAUUAUUUAUAAGCGACAGUUUUAAGCGCUACAAGUAAAUUAUGCAA